AUGCCGCCCAAGCGCCGUGCCAAGGCCAAGUCGGCGACACAGAACACGACACCGUGCAUCAUGGCUGAGUUUCCAGCAUUGAUCGAACAAAUGAAGCAAAUGCAGCUCCAAAGCACAAGCGAGGAGGAAAAGCGCCACAUCCAAGCUCUCAUUGAGCUCGAGCAGCAGAGGCUGGCCGCUGAAGCCGAGGAGCGCAAGCUCGAGCACGAAAGGCUGGCCGCCAAGGAAGCACAGCUCAAACGGAAAACAGGUCGCGACAAGGUUCGUCGUGUUUCGUCUCGAUUCGUUACAACCGACAAGGCUGGAAGGUGUGUUUGUCGUGACCUGGCCCCACAUUACGUCUGCACUUGGUCAUUACUGUACCCGCGCGCGCCUACUACAAUCGAGCUUCCCUGCAGCCACCACUACCUUGCAGCAAAAAUUGUCAAGCGCAUUGAUGAUCUUUGCGCGGAUGACCAGUGGGAGCGUAGCGAGGCGCUGGCGAAUGGCCUUCAGUGGGCGGCCAAAGCUCAACGUGACUCCAAGCUGACUGAACUCCAGCAGGAGCCCAGCAUUUCUUCGCGAGUUUCCAUCGUGUUGCAGCGCUACUUUGGUCUGAAUGUUGUCCAUCAGUACGCCAUCGGUUCCCACAGCACCCACGUUGAUUGGGCGGGCUUUGACGACAACCACCACGUUGUCGUCAUGGACAAUGUCAGCGCCUACCUGGCUUUGCAAGUGAUUGAUGUUCGAUGGGAGCAGUUUGAGGGUUGCCUGGCAGAGAUUCUGCCAUUGCUCGAGAUUGACAGUUCGAACGCGAAGCCAAAGUCAUCGGGGCUGUUCUUCUUGCGCCUCGGUGCCGCAAACUUUAAAGAAAAUCCGCGGCAGGUAGAAAGCAUCUUGCGAGCUUGCAAGGAAUUUGUGCAAGAGGAUUUGGCGUACUUGCUGGAUCGGGCAGAUGCUCGGACUGUAUUGCGGCCACGGCUGCCUCCACAACCAUUUCCUUGCCCUUUUGACCACCUCUGCAAGUGGAAUCUGAAGGAUUCGUAUGGUCCCAACGUGCAGGUCUACAGCAUCGGGAAGCAAAACAAGGUGUUCAAGCACUUUGACUACUGGGGACGCACGGCAAAUCUCUGCAGCAGCCUCUCGGCACAGUGUGUGUCUUACCAAGAUCGCCGCUACCCGCCUGACGACCGAAUCUUGACAAUACUCAGUCAACUGGAUGUGGCAGGCUCAUUCUAUCAGAAGUGGGAGGUGGCGAGGCUUGCAACUGCCGUGGAUGUGCUCAGCUACCCUUACGUGAAGCCGGCAGACACCGUCGAGAUUGAGCAACUGGUCCAGGUCAUCUACCAACUGAAGGCCAUCCAUAGCGUUGACUUUGUGCACGGCGACAUUCUUCCUCGCAACAUUCUUUUUUGCAGCGACUGGGAAGGGCAUCCUGCGGCCUUUCUCAUCGACUUUGAUCUCGGCAGGUUUCUUGCUGCUAAUCCUGCCCACAACCCCGUCUAUGCCUCCAAUUUUGCCAGGGAAGGAGAGCCGCUGGAGCCUUUUCGUCACCCAUUUGCCCGGCGGAAUUUGCCAAUGCAGAAGGAGCACGAUGGCUUUGCCUUGGCACGUGUCAUGGAGAAGUUUUUGCAGGACGACGAGGCUCGUCAGCAGCUGGUGGCUGCGUUGGAAGAGCUGCAGCUGGAUGACGCUGCCACGCUGUGUCAGAGGUGCUCGCUUUUGCCGCCAGACAAUGUUGCUGGGCUUGGCAAGGCCACGGGCAGUCCUCGACGUUAA